AUGGUGCAAAUUCCGGGCGUUGAGGGAGAAAAGACGUACUUUGUCCAGCGGUGGGGCAUCAACGGGUACCAAAUUGGCGCACUGGCUGCCACACCCAUCUACGCCAUCGCUGCACUAAGGCGUGGCGGCUUCAGUAUUCGAAGCUUUGCUCGCUACAACUGGGUCGUCCCCCUCUUGGGCGCAGCAGGUGCGUCAGGAGGCGCCCAUGCUCUGACGGCAAACGAGUCUGCAGCAACCACGGCGUCGCGGACACUGGAAAUGAGAGCGGACGCAGAAAAAGUCAAGCAGGACGAUAUGCACCUCAUCGGUAGCGUCGUCGGUGCCCUCUUGACUCCAGCUCUCUUCUUGCGAAGAGUCGGUCUCGUAAAUGGCCUGCUCGGUGGCGCUGGUAUCGGUAGCGCAGGAGGGAUCUUGACCUACAUGUUCCAGAAGGAAGGCGUUGAAGGUGUUGAAAAGCGAGGCAAGGAGGUCUUGGAAGAAGGCAAGAAGCUGGCAGAGGACGCUCGCCAAAAAGCUUUGGAUGUGAAAAAGUAG